AUGGGAGUUAACGCCGAAUUAACAGUUGCCGUCAUCGGCUGCGGAACACUGGGAACUGCAAUUGCUGCCGGUCUUCUCAGUCCAAAAGACCCGACUGAACUCAAAGUCAAGCGUCUUACGGCCACGGUUGGAACCGAACCUUCGAAACGGCGUGUUGAAGAUGCCCUAUCCCAACACUCGUCACAACUCACAGUCCUUACCCAAGAGGAAAAUGUUCGCACCGUGCGGGAGGCAGAUCUGGUAUUGCUGGCUAUAAAGCCUGUCAAGAGAGCAGAUGUCUUUGCUGUGCCAGGUUUCAAAGAAGCUUUACAAGGUAAACUAGUUGUCAGCAUAAUGGCAGGUAUCACCACCAAGGCGUUGAAUAGUCUGGUCUUCGGCGAAGACGGCGCCUCAAACCGUGGAAGCGCGCUUCAAUGUGUGCGUGCAAUGCCCAAUAUGGCGGCCAAGAUCCGAGAGGCUGUGACAUUGUACACCGCUGGCCCCGGCACCACCAAGGAGAACCUCGAGAUUGCGUCCUGGGUAUUCAGUCAGGUUGGGGAGGCUCAUAGAAUCCCUGAAAGCUCUUUUGAUAUCUGUGCUGUUCUAGUUGGUUGUGCUGGCUCCCUGCUGCUCCUUGCGAUCGAUGGGCUCCUGGAUGCUGCCGUCGCGGAGGGCGUGAAGAGGCCCGAGGUGCAAAAUCUGGUGGUAAACAGUGCGAUUGGGAUGAUGAAGCUGGUACCUGCUGGAGAUCACCCUAGUGUUCUUCGAGAGAAAAUUGCUUCUCCCGGCGGUUGCUCUAUCCGAGCCCUUCUGGAGUUGGAAAGGCUGGGUGUUCGCGCGGCGUUCACGACUGCCAUCAUGGCGGCCGCGGAGAAAUCUAAACGCAUGUCACUGUCUUGA